AUAACAGUGUUGUAUCAACUUGCUGUGAACGGAGACGUGUUUCGAGCCGUAAAUAUACGCAAUAUGAAUACAGAUUCAACAUUUAUCAGUUUUAAAUGUUUUAUUAUAGACGAAUGAUUACAUUUGUUUUGUGACGCUUAUCAAUACUUUAAGAUGUAUUGGAGUCUGUUAUUUGCGUUUCUCUGUGUGUCGUCUUCAGAUCAGCGUUCAACUCCUGAAGAUACCAGCUACACUGCAGCUGUUGUCGAAUAUAUGGUGCAAUCUGACUCAGCCGUCAAUUUACAAAAUUAUAUUGAACUAAUUCAAGAUGCCGGUUCGCAGGAUGCAGAUAUCGUGGUGUUUCCUGAAAUGACGCUUACAAGAAGAGAAAGUGUGGUCAUACCGAUUAAUGGUUCAAUAAAAGAGUACCCUAUCCCAGCCUUACAACCAGAUAUGUAUGACGAGAUCCUGGUAUCCAUAUCAUCAGCAGCUAGACAAAACCAGAUCUAUGUAGUUAUCAACGUACAAGAGGUUCUUAAUUGCACUGAUGACGCAACCGUUGAGUAUUGUCCGGAACGGAAGGUGUAUUUGUUCAAUACUAACGUGGUUUUCGAUAGGAAUGGAACUGUUAUUGACAGAUAUCGUAAGAUUAACCUAUUCGGUGAGUUUACACGGACGCCAGCAUUGACGCCUGAUUUAGGGAUAUUCGAGACGGACUUUGGUGUAACUUUCGGUCACUACAUAUGUUUCGAUCUCAUGUUCCAAGUCCCAGCUGUUCAAGUGGUUGAGAAGAAAAACAUCACGGAUGUCGUAUUUACGACGAUGUGGUUCUCAGAAAUGCCUUAUUUAACUGCUGUCGAGAUUCAACAGGCGUACGCACAUUCUAUGAAUGUCAAUUUUCUUGCAUCUGGAGCUAACAAUGUAGCCGUUGGUAGUGCAGGGUCAGGUAUCUAUUCUGGUGAAGCUGGUGCUCUAAUAAGUAUUAUGCCAGGAGUACCGACCACAAAGUUGCUCGUUUCUAAAGUGCCUAAAGUUCCUGGUCAGGUAGAAGGCACAUAUCCAGGUCCAAUCUACGAUGAUCCAUCAGACCAUGAUAACUUGCGUCUAAUAACUGAUCCAUCAUUGCCCUCUCACGUGACCAGAUUGUUGAGGAAUGAGUCUGAAGAGUUUACACUUAUCGAUAAAGAUGUAUUGUGUCACUUCCAAGUUAAAUUGCGCAAAAGGGAGGGAUCAACGAAUUAUAGAUAUAGAGCCGCAGCAUUCAGUGGUGUGCGUAGCUUCAGCGGUGUAGCUACUGGAGGAAGUAGAUUGUGCGCCGUAUUCGCUUGCACAGGAGACACUAUCGACACUUGUGGGAAAAGAUUCGAAAAAUUCGAAUCGAAUACGACAGGCGUUUUUGAAAAUCUCCGCAUUACUGCAACUAUACCAGCACCUACAGUCAACGAGGAACUUAAUGCAAACGAAGCCGCUUACUUCCCAAUAUCAUUGAAUACAGCCAUCAUGCCUCUGGAGACAAACGAUUAUACGUUUGAAAAAACAACACUUUUUAACUUACUGACUAUAAUUACAAUGGAUUUGAAGAAUUUCAACGCUGACUUAUAUACCUUUGCUGUUUGGGGCAGACAAUAUACAACCGAUGGUCAAACAGCUUCUCCACCAGUUGAACAAAACGAUGACGAUGAUAAUAACAGUAGUACUACUACCACUGUACAACCAUCUACAGCUGACGAUGCCCCUGGCUCAUCAGUGACACACAAAAUUAGUUUAACAUUAUUAGCAACGGUUAUUAUGAUAUUUAUAAGGCAAUAAUUUAAAAUGAUGCUAUCAUUAAAUGAAAAUAUUCGUGUUAUUUUAUCGUUGGCUGUUCUUAGAAGUAAUUUUUAUUUAUUAAGCCGCACAAGUAUUUGAGAAGUGAAAUUAUUGUCUAGUUGUGUAAUUGUUUUUAAGUAUUGUUGUUACCUAUUGUUAAUGAAUAAAUUAUUUUGUUAAUUUA